UUCCUUCCCUUCCCUUCCCCGCACUCCUCCCCCUGCUCGCUGUUGUGUGUCAGCACUUGGCUGGAGACUUCUUGAACUUGCAGGGAGAAUAACUUGUACUCCCCACUUCGCACCGGUGCCUUUGCCAGCACAGCCAGCCUGGUCGCCUCUGAGCCCCGCCGCCCCUCCACCCCUCUGCCGGGCCCAACCCCCCUAGAAGCUGUUCCGAGCUUGAGAAGAGGGACUGCGCCGCCGGCACCCGGGAGGAGGAGGAGGAGGCAAAGGGAACGGACACCCGGUCCCAGCGCCAAGUUCUUCUAACAGAGCUUUUUCCAUGUGGAGACUCUUUCAAUGGACGUGUCCCCGCGUGCUUCUUAGACGGACUGCGGUCUCCUAAAGGUCGACCAUGGUGGCCGGGACCCGCUGUCUUCUAGCGUUGCUGCUUCCCCAGGUCCUCCUGGGCGGCGCGGCCGGCCUCAUUCCCGAGCUGGGCCGCAAGAAGUUCGCGGCAUCAUCCGGCCGCCCCUCGUCCCAGCCCUCGGACGACGUCCUGAGUGAAUUUGAGUUGCGACUGCUCAGCAUGUUCGGCCUGAAGCAGAGACCCACCCCGAGCAGGGACGCCGUGGUCCCACCCUACAUGCUGGACCUGUACCGCCGGCACUCGGGCCAGCCAGGAGCUCCUGCCCCGGACCACAGGCUGGAGAGGGCUGCCAGUCGCGCCAAUACCGUGCGCAGCUUCCACCACGAAGAAUCUUUGGAAGAACUGCCAGAAAUGAACGGGAAAACAAUCCGGCGAUUCUUCUUUAAUAUAAGCUCUAUUCCCACUGAGGAGUUUAUCACAUCAGCAGAACUUCAGGUUUUUCGGGAACAGAUACAGGAAGCUUUGAGAAGCAAUAGCAGUUUCCAUCACCGAAUUAAUAUUUAUGAAAUUAUAAAACCUGCAACUGUCAACUCAAAAUUCCCCGUAACCAGACUUUUGGACACCAGACUGGUGAAUCAGAACGCCAGCAGGUGGGAGAGUUUCGAUGUCACUCCCGCUGUGAUGCGUUGGACUGCGCAGGGACACGCCAACCAUGGAUUUGUGGUGGAGGUGACCCACUUGGAGGAGAAGCAAGGAGUCUCCAAGAGACACGUGAGGAUUAGCAGGUCUUUGCACCAGGAUGAACACAGCUGGAGCCAAAUAAGGCCCUUACUGGUCACUUUUGGCCAUGAUGGGAAAGGGCGCCCUCUCCAUAGAAGAGAAAAGCGUCAAGCAAAACACAAACAGCGGAAGCGCCUCAAGUCCAGCUGUAAGAGACACCCUUUGUACGUGGACUUUAGUGACGUGGGGUGGAAUGACUGGAUUGUGGCCCCUCCAGGGUAUCAUGCCUUUUACUGCCACGGGGAAUGCCCUUUUCCCCUGGCCGAUCACCUGAACUCCACCAAUCACGCCAUCGUGCAGACGUUGGUCAACUCUGUGAACUCCAAGAUCCCUAAGGCGUGCUGUGUCCCAACAGAACUCAGUGCUAUCUCCAUGCUGUACCUUGACGAAAAUGAAAAGGUUGUAUUAAAGAACUAUCAGGACAUGGUUGUGGAGGGUUGUGGGUGUCGUUAGCACAGCAAAAUUAAUUAAUUAAUUAAAUAUAUAUAUA